UCGAUCCAACUGGCCUCCCGUUGCCGUGUCGCAAAGGCCAUUCCAGGCGGAGCCCGCGGCCGCCUCCCCGCGGUUGGGCAUCUUUUCCUGCCGGGAAGGAGGGCGAGCGAGGCGGCGGGCGUCUUUUUCCUUUCUCGUCCGGACCGACGAUGCAGAGGCGGUUUUGCGCGCCGCUCUCUUCCUUAUUCCCGCUGCUUUUUCUGCUGAGCGAAACUCCGCCCAAAGCCCUCUCCUCUGUGAUCCCGACAACCGAUUGCGGAACAAGGCCAGUUGUGGAUGACAUAGUAACAGGGACACGAAUUGUUGGUGGAAUUGAUGCUCAGCUUGGCGGAUGGCCAUGGCAAGUUAGUCUUGAGCUUUAUCGUUUCGGUAAAGGAUUUGUUCAUGUAUGUGGUGGAUCAUUAAUUAAUCACAACUCGGUGUUGACAGCUUCACACUGCAUUAAAGAAUGGACGGUCGCUUCAUUUUGGAGAGCUGUGGUUGGAUUGCAUCAUAUUUCUAGAUACCACGUCCAUACCAAAACGAGCCGGAUCAGGGCCAUCCUUAUGCAUCCCAGUUUUAACAAGAUUACCUAUGAGAAUGACAUUGCCUUGUUCAAACUGAUGGAGUCUAUCAAAUUCAAUCAGUAUAUCCAGCCCAUCUGUAUACCUGAUGUUCCUGUUGCUCUAAAUAAUGAGAUGCCAUGUUUUAUAACUGGAUGGGGGAAGACGACAGAAGAAGAGAGAGAGAGAGAUGUAUUACAAGAAGCGCAGGUCGAUAUUAUUCCAAUAUCAACUUGUAAUAGACAUGACUGGUAUGCAGGGAUGGUGAGAGACAACAUGCUUUGUGCUGGCUCUGAAAAAGGAGGAAUUGAUGGUUGUCAGGGAGACAGUGGUGGCCCUCUUGCGUGCUAUAUGCCAGAUCUCACUAGGUACUAUCUGGUAGGGAUCAGCAGUUUUGGUUAUGGUUGUGGCCGGCCAAGGUUGCCAGGAGUCUAUCUGCAAACAGGUUUUUACAGAAAAUGGAUACAAUCUCAAGUUAUUUUAUUCGACAAAGCCAUGACUAUGAAGGCUCCUUAUCUUUUCUUUUUGACUGCAGGAUGGAUAGUUUACUGCAAUGUUUUAUGAAGAAAAACUCCCAUUGGUUUGGGAUAUCUUAGCUUUCCAACUUGUCUCCACGUGUUGCAAUAUUUAUUACUUUUAACUACUAACAGACGUAAUAAAAAUAUUGCCCAUUCACUGCAAUUUAUUGUGUUUGAACUUUAGACCUGCUGCUUCGUCACUGACAACUGUAGCUUGGAGAGAAGUUACUUUUUAAGGUGUUUUUUUUCCUAGUACUAAACAUUUGACAACAUUAUACCAUUUGAUCUUAAAAAUUAUUACCUUUGCUGCUUCCCUUAUGGUAAACAACACAUAUUUUUAAUCUGUCCAGAGAUACAGAUUUUUUAAAAAAAAAACUUCCUGCUUACCUUCCUCCUUUCUGAGUAUCUUAAUCCCAUGGCCAGAUUGCUGGUAGAGUUCUCCAGGCUUGGGUUGGGGGGUGGGCUUUGGCCCAGACUCAGAGGUGACCCAUGGGCACUGUAGCAUCACAGACCUGGUCCAACUUAUUUGGGGCUCAACUCUCAGAGGAGUUCACAUGUAAAAUUAGGAUGGUUGUGAGAUAAUCUAAAGGGAGGGAUACUAACACCAGUCACUUUCCAUGGUUAGAUCAUUCCCCUUUUAUCCUUGAGGUUCUCUAUCAUUGCCUUCCACUGCAGAAAGCUGGGGCCUAUUCAACGAGUUAACCCCAAGUCAUUGAAGAACCACUAAGGUUUCAGGGGGAACUUGAGUAUUUUCCUGAAGCUCUGGUCCACUGAGGUCCUGGUCAAGACUUGGAACAAGCUCAAUUAUCUGAGAAGAUUUGAAGUGCUUGAUCCUAAGGAAAUGGGCAGUCCUUGCUGCUUUGUGUUCGGGACCCUUGUCUCCUGUUUGACCAAGCCCUCUUAGGCACUGUAGUGGCAUAUAGUUGGGCCCAAACUGUGGUUAGUGAUUCACUGCAGGAGGGGUGGUCUUGCUUGUCUUGAAAAAGGCAGGAGUAUGCCCCUUCUCAAAUGGGCAUCCUUGGACCCCAUAAAGUUUCAUUCCCUCUGCAAAUUUCUGUUUUUAGGAAUAAUUGUUGUGAGGGUAGUAGGCCCUCCCUGGAUCCUUUUCAUCAGGGUUCACGCCAUGACAUGACAUUGGUCUCUAUAUUCUUGAAAAUAAAGAUUUGUUGGAAAUCAGUCUUUCUCAUGCUGGAAAUAUUUAUUUGUUUAAAAAUAUUGAGCCACCCAACUCUGGGUAGUUCCCAAUCAAAAAUUUAAAAAAAUUAAAAGACAUAAAAUCAUUUUAAAAUCUAAAACCCUCAAAAAGUUAAAACAUUAAACAUUAAAAACAACAAAAACCUGGCAUCAAUGAAUGCUAAUAUGCCAUCAUCUAAAUUCCCAGUGCUUGUAGGAAAAGCCAGAUCUUUAAAGUUUACCCUGCCUGACCUGCUAGGAUGGGUGGAUGUCCUUAGGGAAAAGCAAUCUGCAGGUAGCCUGGCCCCAUGCCAUUUAAAGCUGAUGAUGAACACCUUGAACUGUAGUGGAAGCAAACUGCCAGUGCAGGUGUUACAUGGACAAGCCUAGGGCCCCCUCAUUACUGUACUUGCUACUGCAUUCUGGACCUGUUGAGCGCUCUAUGUAAGUCUUCAAUGGCAGCAAAAUGGACAGCUAACAUCAAAAAUAUCAUCAAAAAAGGACAACAAAGAAUGUUCUUUCCGCGCCAACUCAGUAAGCUCAAACUGCCCAAGGAGCUGCUGAUUCAGUUCUACAGAGGAAUUAUUGAGUCUGUAAUUUGCACCUCUAUAACUGUCUGGUUCGGUUCUGCAACCCAACAAGAAAGACACAGACUUCAGAGGAUAAUUAGAACUGCAGAAAAAAUAAUUGCUACCAACCUGCCUUCCAUUGAGAACCUGUAUACUGCACGAAUCAAGAAGAGGGCCGUGAAAAUAUUUACAGAUCCCUCACAUCCAGGACAUAAACCGUUUCAAACUCCUACCCUCAAAACGACGCUAUAGAGCACUGCACACUAGAACAACUAGACACAAGUUUUUUCCCGAAGGCCAUCAUUCUGCUAAACAAAUAAUUCCCUCAACACUGUCAAACUAUUUACUAAAUCUACACUACUAUUAACUUCUCAUAGUUCCCAUCACCAAUCUCUUUCCACUUAUGACUGUAUGACUGUAACUUUUGUUGCUUAUCAUUAAGUGUUAAAUUAUAUCCCAUGACCAUCAUUUGUGUUGUAAAUAUUAAAUGUUGUACCUUGA